AUGUUUGAUAAUCAGAAUGUGGAUAAUGAAAUAUCCAAGAUGGAAUCUGAGAUCAAGCUUGGUUUAGACAAGUUAAAUACCCAAAGGAACAUGCUAUUCUCUCAGAGAGACACCUAUCAGACUUUGCGGUCCCAAAUAUCCAAAAACAUUCAAGAUGAGGUAAUGAUCAUGAUCGGAGAUGGCUAUUUUGUGAAUAUGGCCAAAGAAGAAGCCCACGAAUUCUUGGAAAGGAGGAUCAGAAAUAUAGAUGUAAUCAUAAAGGAUUUUACAGCAAGACUAGACGGUUCGAGAGAAUUAAUAAAACAAUUUAAUAUCAACGAUUCUAGUUCUAAUCAAAGCAAAGAAGAAAGAAACGAAGAAGGGAUGCCCUUCAUGGAUAUUGUAGAGGAGUUGGAUGAUGAUGAUAACAUUCUUUCAGUCAAAUUAAAUAAGAAAGACUUCAAAAUUCAAGAGCAGAAAGCCGAAAAGAAGAAAGAAACGCCACUACCACCAAAGAAUAAGUCUCAAAAGAAGGAUCCUGUGAAAGAGGAAUUUGUUGAUAUAGUUGAAGAAUUAGAUGAGAACGAUAACGUAAUAAACGUUACUUCGAAUGGAAAAUCUAUGGAAGGUUUCAAGAAGCCUAAUUCAUCUGAAGAGGUCCAUCGUAAUGACCUGUUCAGGAACGACAAAUCAUCACCACCAGAAGAGAACGAAUCCAAUCAAUUCGAAGAAUUGUUGGAGGAUAUGGAGAUUGAGCACAAGACAACAAUUGUUAACAAAAUAGAUAGCUUAUCGAUAAAUGAUGAGGAUAAAGCAGCAUUGAAAGAAAUCGCCCAAGAUUUGCAUAGCAGGGGUGGAGCUGCAAAGGAAAAGAUACAAGAGAUGGAAGAUAAAGAUGAUGAAGAUGACGAGUACAUAGAGGAGCCAUUGCAAGAUCAUAUACUGAUAGAGAGACAAGAUUUGCUCGAACUCGAGUUGAUUGCUGACGAUUUUCAAGGGGCUGACGAUAUUGAGGAAGAUUACGAAUUCGACUUUGAAGACGAAUUUGAAGAUGACGAAAGUGAAGAGGAUCAAGGAGCGUUCUUCCGUGACAAUAAAAUGAACAAUAUGUUAUGGGAUCAAAUUAAUAAGUUGAGAAAUAAUAGCGAAGUAAAAGAAUUUGAGGACACACAAGACAAAAAAUCCGGGAAGAGAGUCAAAUUUGCUGAAAACUUAGAUAUUUUCGAGAUAGAGAAGAUCAAGUAUGAAGAGCCAGGAAAGAAAUCGAAAUUUAAACUGAGAAUGGAAAGCUCUAAAGAUAGGAUUGAUGAACCUAUUAGCGAUAUCAUCGAGAACACGAUCAACGAAAUCACCGAAGACCCUGUUAAUAACGUAACUGAAAAUCCAAUCAACGAUGUAGUUGAAAAACCUGUAAAUGAUAUUGUAGAAAAGACUAUCAAUGAUAUAGUGGAAAAUGCUGUGGAUGAGGUCAUGAAGUCAGAAAAACCAAAAAGAGUCUCCAAAUUCAAACAGAGAGCCCAUAAGCAAGUCGGCAUCGAAACGCCGAUAAAAAGCAAAGCAUCAACUGGUAUUUCAGGAGGUUUAUCCGAAGAGGCUGUCCAGGCACCUAUCAACGAUAUCGUGGAGAAAGAGUUCAAUGAUUAUGGUAACCAAGCCACAAACAACAUCAUUAACGAUUCGAUACAAGAAGUGGAUGCUGUUUCCCAGAACAAUGAACUCUUGGAGAUGAUGAGAAAGUACAACGAGGAGAUUGAUGAUAUUGAGGGACCUGUCAUUCAAGAAGUUAAAGAUAUCGAAAAAUACAAUAAAUUGCAAGACAAAUUGGAUGUCGACAAGUACGAAUUACACGACCAUGAACAUGAUCAUGAACAUGAUGCAGAUACAGAAGACGACGGAAAAAUCAUGACUGAGAUCACAGAGAAAGAAACUACCGUGGGGGAUGUCGAAGAUCUCAAAGACAAUUUGGAUAGUGAUGUCAAAAGAGAGUAUUUCAAGUUGAAGGACAAACUCAACGAAUCCAAAGAAUUCGAGAUUGAAAAGCCCAAAAUCAGUAGAUUCAAACAAAGAUUAGGUAACUAA